AUGUCCAAACCAGAUGUUACCCACGAUGAAGCAGCGCGAAACAAGCUCACGGAUACGAGUGGUAUCGAACGGGUCCCGUUGACCGAGGAAGAAAGCAAGAGGAUCUGUCGCAAGACUGAUAGGACGAUUCUCGUGGUGCUUGCUUGGGUGUACUUCUUACAAAUCUUGGACAAAACAGUCCUGGGCUACGGGGCAACGUUUGGCCUCCAAACCGAUACAGGCCUCACGGGCAACGAAUAUUCCCUCGUCGGGUCAAUCAGUCCAAUCGCACAACUAGCAUGGCAGCCCUUCUCGUCUUAUCUCAUUGUCAAGGUUCCCCACAAGAUUCUGAUGCCAGCCCUGUGCCUGGGGUGGGGAAUCGCGCAGACCUGCAUGGCCGCGUGUCAUAACUUCAGCACUUUGAUGGCGGCUCGCUUUUUUCUCGGCUUGUUUGAAGCGGGAUGUCUACCACUCUUCGGUGUGAUCACUAGUCAAUGGUACCGACGAGCGGAGCAGCCGAUCAGAAUUGCGGCCUGGUACAGCACGAACGGCCUCGCUACAAUUGUCGCCGCUGCAUUGUCCUACGGGCUGGCACAGAUCGAGUCGGAUAUAUUGAAGUCUUGGCAAAUUAUUUUCCUCGUCGUCGGCUUGAUCACCGUGGCCUCCUCCCCCAUUGUCUACUGGCGCCUGGAUAACGACAUUUCAACCGCACGAUUCCUCACUGAGAGUGAGAGGUCCCAAGGAAUCGAACGCCUUCGAGCUAACCAGACUGGAACGGGAAACACUGAGUUCAAGCUCGGUCAUGUUCUUGAGGCUUCUCUGGAGCCAAAAACAUAUCUCUGGGUUGGAAUGGCAAUGCUCCUAAACAUUGGAGCCAGCGUGACCAACAUUUUUGGCCCCUUGAUUCUAAGUGGACUCGGCUACGACAAAUACAGAACCACCUUACUGACCAUGCCAUUCGGUGCAUUGCAAUUCCUCAUCAUCUUAUUGGCGAGUUAUCUUGCCCAAACCGCACGUCUGAAGGGUGCUAUCAUCGCGGCGUUCAUGCUGCCCGUCAUAGCAGGUCUAGCCAUUCUGUACGCUGUGGCGCGAACCAAAUCAGUCCAGAGUGAGCUUUUGGCUGGCUAUUAUUUACUGGCCUUCUUGUUUGGCGGUAACCCGUUAAUUGUUACCUGGAUCAUCGGCAAUACGGCGGGUACUACGAAAAAGUCAGUCAUCAUGAGUUUAUACAAUGCCGCAAGCUCGGCAGGCAAUAUCAUCGGGCCACUGCUUUUCAACGAAAAGGAUAAGCCGUCCUACCACCCGGGCCUGCGCGCAUGCCUUGGUAUUUUCAGCACUCUAGCGGCCGUGGUGCUCCUUCAGUGGGUCAACCUCUGGUUCCUCAACAAACAACAAGCUCAUCUCCGAGUGCGAAAUGGCAAGAGAGCCGAGAUCGUGGAUCACUCCAUGCAGACACAUUACCACGAAAUGCAGGAGAAUAACCUGGAGGACGCUGGUGGUGACGCAGUACCGGUCGGGGAUAAUGCAUUCCAAGACUUGACUGAUCGGGAGAACGAUGAGUUCGUUUAUAUCUAUUAA